CAAAACAAUAAUCAUCAGUCUGUGGUCUAAAUUAAAUUUCAUAACCUCAAAAAUAAAAUUAUAAAUCAAGCUUAUCUGAAUUCUAUAUUUAUUACGGAUUUUCAUUAAAAUUCCGACCGUUAAAAAUAUUUAACAACAUUUAAUCACCUUACAAAAUUCAACAUGAAUCAAGCUGAAGUGUCUAAAUUGGUGUCCAAGCUUCGCAUCAAAGUCAACCCUCAGCCCAGAAAACUGAGAAACGGGCAGGGCCCAGAAGGCAGGCUUAACAAAUUACGUAAAACAGUAACUGGUUUGAUCAAGCAUGAAAGGAUCGAAUUGAACUAUCCCAGAGCAGAUGAAGCCCGCCACUAUGCCGAAAGGCUGAUUUCAGAAGCCAUACGCCAUGGAGACUGCCAUAAGCCAACAAUGAAGAUGGCUGACUACUGGCUGUUAGAAAAAGAACUAGUACACAAACUGUUCAAAGUUCUAGCACCGCGGUACGAAAACUUUGAUAGCUCCUUCACAAGAAUGUACAGAGCACCCAAACCUCAGGUGGAGCGCGAUGUGAGCAAGUCUGUCCUGGAACUGAAGGGCAACCCUUUCCCAUCUCUAACCACGAGACACGCUAACAGUAGACUGUUGAUUCAGAACAUCUUGUUAGAUGCAGCAAAAUAUGACUACAGGCAAUCCAAAUAUGCUGAGAUGGCAGACAAAAUUGGCAGUGGCAAGUCACAAAUGGAAGAGAAGCAAGAAGUGUCUAAUGAAGAAGAAACUAAGAGUUAAAUAUUUAUUUAUAGGUAGAAUUUAGAAUUAUAUUAGGCUUUAAUAAACU